UAAUGAGGCGAUUAGACUGUGGGUAAAGAGCUGGAAAAGGAAAAACUUUCCACCAUUAGAGGGAGAUCUCCGAGCGCGGACGGGAGCGCUGCCGAGCCUCCGCCAGCCGCGCUCCCCACGCCGCCCGGCACCGCCACCGUAGGGAGAGGCAAGGCAGGGAGAACCAAAUCCUCUCUCUCACGCCAAUCCAUGAAAAUGCUUUGGAAACUGACGGAUAAUAUCAAGUAUGAGGAAUGUGAGGAGCGCCACGACAGUACCAGCAACGGGACAGCCCGGCUACCCCAGUUGGGGACCGUGGGUCAGUCUCCCUACACCAGCGCCCCGCCGCUCUCCCACACCCCCAACGCCGACUUCCAGCCGCCCUACUUCCCUCCCCCUUACCAGCCCAUCUACCCCCAGUCUCAGGACCCCUACUCCCACGUGAACGACCCGUACAGCCUCAACCCCCUCCAUGCCCAGCCGCAGCCCCAGCACCCAGGAUGGCCGGGACAGAGGCAGAGCCAGGAAACGGGGCUGCUCCACACGCACCGGGGUUUACCCCACCAGCUCUCGGGGCUCGACCCACGCAGGGACUACCGGCGGCACGACGACCUGCUGCACGCCCCGCACGGGCUGGGCUCGGGGCUGGCCGACUUGCCCCUCCACUCCAUCCCCCACGCCAUCGAGGACGUGCCGCACGUAGAAGACCCCGGUAUUAACAUCCCAGAUCAAACUGUAAUUAAGAAAGGCCCCGUGUCCCUCUCCAAGUCUAACAACAACGCCGUCUCCUCCAUCCCCAUCAACAAGGACGCGCUCUUCGGCGGGGUGGUGAACCCCAACGAGGUCUUCUGCUCGGUGCCGGGCCGCCUCUCGCUGCUCAGCUCCACCUCCAAGUACAAGGUCACGGUGGCGGAAGUGCAGAGACGCCUGUCGCCGCCCGAGUGCCUCAACGCCUCCCUGCUGGGCGGAGUGCUCCGGAGGGCAAAGUCUAAAAACGGAGGGAGAUCUCUGAGGGAGAAACUGGACAAAAUAGGACUAAACCUGCCAGCCGGGAGGCGUAAAGCUGCUAACGUUACCUUGCUCACAUCGCUUGUGGAGGGAGAAGCAGUACAUCUAGCUAGAGAUUUUGGGUACGUUUGUGAGACAGAAUUUCCUGCCAAAGCAGUAGCUGAAUUUCUCAACCGACAACAUUCCGAUCCAAACGAGCAAGUCACAAGAAAAAACAUGCUUCUAGCUACAAAACAGAUCUGUAAAGAGUUCACCGACCUGCUGGCUCAGGACCGAUCUCCCCUGGGGAACUCGCGGCCCAACCCCAUUUUGGAGCCGGGCAUCCAGAGCUGCCUGACCCACUUCAACCUCAUCUCGCACGGCUUUGGGAGCCCGGCGGUGUGUGCUGCUGUCACCGCCCUGCAGAACUAUCUCACCGAGGCGCUCAAGGCCAUGGACAAAAUGUACCUCAGCAACAAUCCCAACAGCCACACAGACAACAGCACCAAAAGCGGCGACAAAGAGGAGAAGCACCGAAAGUGAGGAUCCACCCCCACACACACCCCUCUCCCUUCCCCCUCAUAGCCCAUCGAUCCAUUCAUCUCUCUCCCUCUCCCCUGCACCAGCACCCCAGGCUACAGCAACAGAAUGAGCGUCCUUCUGCCAGUCCUGUUCUCUGACUCUGCAGGACUGCUCUGCCCUCCCUCCACACCCCUUCCCAGCAUCCACAUUUCCAUUUGCUCCCUCUUAAAUCCCCCCCACCCCCACUCCCCAUUGCCACCAUCGAUUGAUCCCAGUUUGGAGCCUAAGAGAACAGAACAGGGGGACGGAGCCAGCAAAGAAAAAAAGUUCUGUCUUGAGUUUGUGAACUUUUUUUUAAAUAAAACAAAAGGAGGAAAAAAAAAACAACAAAAAAACAAAACAAAACAAAAAAGAAAAGGACUUUUUUUUCUAAAAAUAUAUUAAAAAAAUAAAAAAAAAACCAAAAAGAAAUAAAUAAUACUUAAAAAUUCUAUGAGCUUCACCGGACUGAAUCACCACCUUCCCUUACAUAAACUUCAGUUAAGAUUGUAGCCAUAUUAAAAAAAGAAAAAAAAGUGAAAAAAGUACAACAGCAGCAGGAGACAUACAAAAGGCAAAAAGGACUGAUGACAUUUUAUCAGUAUUGUGAAUAAACUUGAACACAAAACACAAGCGGUUCCAUGUCAUAUCUUCAGUUGUAGAACUUUUUCCUGUCCAAGGUAAAGCGACCAACUUGAACUUUCUAUUGCAACACGAUUCACGGUUAUUAUAUAAGGGAAUCAGUGUUCAUGUAUGUAUAUAUUUAUUUAUGUGUAAUUUAAUGGGAAUUGUAAAUAUGGUGAGUUUGUUUUAAGCCUUUUUUUAUUUAUCUGGUGAUCUCGUUUACCUCUUGUUUAGUGGGUUUUAAAUCUUCCCCUCUUAGUUCAUCAUGUGGUUCAUGGUACUUAUUUAGAUAUCAGAGGUUUUUUGGGGGUUUUUCUCUGGGAUUCAUCAUUUUUAGCCCUGUUGUAGCAUGUUAAAGGCGACAAUGAAGCAGCUGAACAAAUAAAAACCCAUGAAUUUUUAUAUAUAAUUAGUAUGACAUUUAGUUUCUCAUUGAAGAUAAAAUAAAGUGAUGUUGGACCCUGGCAAAGUUUUUAAACAUGUUAGUGGUUUUACAACCCUUAUGUGUUGUGGAAAAUGAAAGAAGUUAUUUUUAUCAACUGUCCUUCUCCCGAAAGCACCAACAGAGCAAUAAAUUAAUAUUGUCUUUUAAAACAGAUUUAGCUUUUCUUUCUUUUUUUUUCCUCUCUUUUUUUUUUUCUUUCUCCCUUUCUUUUGUUUUUAUUUUUCUCCUUUUUUUCUUUUUUUUUCUUUUUUUUUUUUUUUUUUCCCAAAGAACUUCAAACAUUCGGGACCACCUGGUAUCCUGUAUUUCCACUGGCCAUAUUGGAAGCAGUUAUAGUUGUAUUGUAUUGAGUUGUGCCGGCAGUAGUUUCCAUGCCUAUCAAUGUAUCAUAGUCCUUUGUUGCCCAGAUAAAUAAAUAUUUGAUACGCUUUAUGUCGA